UGAAUGGACGACUAUGGAGACAUGAGAUGUAUAUAAAGGGGCCACAGAGCAGGUUUCCAUCACAGAAGAUUAAAGGCUUUUCAUCCAAACAGAAGCUCCUCUGACUCCAUGAACCAUGAAGACUCAGGUGUCUCUCGCUCUUCUGAUCUGCUUCCUGUAUCACAUUUCUGCAGCACCGUACGCCACAUCGAUGCAAAGGGAUGGAUGCUGCCAUGGCUUCAAUCGAACACGCAUUCCAAAACCAAUGGUGGCACACGUGGGGAUGACCUCGAGUAGCUGUCAAAACAAAUCCAUCAUAAUCACAACUGUGUGCAAGAAGAAGUUUUGUAUCGAUCCUGACUGGAUCUGGGCCCAGAGGCUGUUGAAAGACUUUCAGAAGGCACCGUUUAAACCUUCAGUUACCAAGUGUCCAGUGAAGGGUUAAAAAGUGCGAGAAUGCUUUUACUUUGUGUACUAUAAUAACAUAUAGAUCACAACUGAUUCAACAUAAUAUAAUAUAUAAAUAUAAUAAUAAUGAAUGAUGAUUAUACAGAAAAGUAAUUUUGUUGGGUUAAACUGCUGCCUUUAAGUGACUUUGUGACCCUGUAUUGUGUUGUAAAUCAAAUGUUACCAGUUCACAUAAAUAAUGAAUCAAAUAUGCAUCCCUGCAGGAAUUACAGCUGUGCUUUAAUUUAAUAUUUUGAGAGAUAACAGGAAGAUGUAUUAUUGUUAC